AUGAGUGGAGGUGGUGUUCUGAGUCGAAUAAACACCUCAACACUACUACAGAUAGCUGGUGGUACGCUGCUCGUUGGCUCAACUUGUAUUUAUUUAGCACAAAAAAGCGUGCAACGACGAGUUCGUGCACUGCCGCAUUAUAGGCAAGUAUUAAUAAAACGAAUCAUCCAUUCAAAUACUUCGAAGGCACUGGAAAUUGUUGCUGAACAUGAACAAGCGAAAAGUGUGCUUGGACCACCGAUCGUCAUUGGGAGUGUCGACUUGGCAGACCGUCGGAGAAAUUACGUCGGUGAUUUGAUCUCUGAGUUACGUAUUCCGGUUUGUGGACAAGUUGAUAGCGGUUUCAUGGAUGUACGAGCAAUACGUUCAUCAACAAAAGAUGACUUCGAAACGGCACAAGUUGAGCUCGAACUCGAGAGUAAUCGUCAGUGUCGUGUUGUUAUUUACGAUAAUGGUUUAUGGACUAAAAGCAGCAGUUAG